CCAGCUAUUUACUUUUGUUUGCCCAAAAAGAUCAUUAGAGAUCUAAAUUGGCGCUCCUUUGUAUUUUCUCAUUCUCUCUGCUUUUCCAAAUCCGAACAACAGAGCUCUCUGCUUCUUCCUUUUUUGGUUCUUUCCAAAACAAGAUCAGAAGAUACUGUGUGAGCGAACAUGUCGAUGCGAAGACGAACUUUGCUCAAAGUUAUUCUUCUUGGAGACAGCGGGGUUGGCAAAACAUCGUUGAUGAAUCAAUAUGUGAAUAACAAGUUCAGUCAACAGUACAAAGCUACGAUCGGAGCUGAUUUUGUCACCAAGGAGCUUCAAGUCGAUGACAGGCUUGUCACAUUGCAAAUAUGGGACACUGCUGGGCAAGAAAGGUUUCAGAGUCUUGGUGUUGCUUUCUAUAGAGGUGCAGACUGUUGUGUUCUUGUCUAUGAUGUAAAUUACUUGAAGUCGUUUGAUUCUCUCGAUAAUUGGCAUGACGAGUUUCUUAAACAGGCUAGUCCACGUGAUCCAAAGGCAUUCCCUUUCAUACUUCUUGGUAACAAGGUUGAUAUUGAUGGAGGAAACAGCCGAGUGGUAUCUGAGAAGAAAGCUAGAGAAUGGUGUGCUGAAAAGGGAAACAUAGUCUAUUUCGAGACAUCCGCUAAAGAAGAUUACAAUGUCGACGACUCCUUCUUGUGCAUCACAAAACUUGCCCUCGCCAAUGAACGCGACCAAGAUAUAUAUUUCCAGGGGAUUCCAGAGACUGGUGGUUCGGAGCCUGAGCAAAGAGGAGGUUGUGCUUGCUGAAGAUGUACAGUUCUUUUGCGAGCUCUCUUUGAUUUGUGCAUUUAUAUAUAACUUGUUUUGUCUGAAAUUUUUGAUGAUGAGACGACCAAUAAAAAAAAUCAAUACGAGUCCCUUAGUAAGGUUUUGGUUAUUGGUUCAUCAUCUUUGAUGUUUUGUGAGUCACAAUACGUUUUGCAACAGUUGGAACUUGGAACUGUAUACAAGAAAAGAUCUCUCUAUUCAAGUGUGUGUAUGUAAUAAAUAAUUUCUACUCUUUUUAUAUGUAAUAAUCUCUAUUAAAGUGUGUAUAUAAUAACAA